AAAGUUAUCCAUUCUUCAAUCCUCACUAAUAUAAAAUGUCACCACCAUUUACAUCAUUUCUCUUCCUCUCCCUUAUUCCCUUUACCAUCGGUGUUUAAUCACCAACCAAUCAUGAAUUUCAAGAAUUCUUCCACUUUAAUCUCCUGCAUAUUACUCCUUAUUUUUCCUUCAUUAAUCUCAUCACAAGCAUGCCAAAGAUUUUGUGGCAACAUACCGAUGAAAUACCCCUUUGGCACUGGACCUGGCUGUGGCGAUCCGCGUUUCCAGCCGUUCAUUACCUGCAACAAUCAGCAGCUCACAUUCAAAACUCACACUGGAUGCUACCCUGUCACAUCCAUAGAUUACAACAGCCAAGUUUUAUACAUCAGUGAUCCUUCUAUGUCAACUUGUGCUUGUACACAGCCAAGCAAAGGUUUCAGUUUAGACUGGAAAGCACCAUUCAACUUUCAUGAUGAAACAGUUUUUGCUUUGCUCGAUUGCUCAACCGAUUCUUCGCCAAUUUACCAGUCCAACGGAGGGAUGAAUUCGACGUUCCCUCUAUGUGAUUCUUCUCAGGGGGAUCCUGUUUGUAGUCUUCUCUAUUCUUGUCAAGCAAUGAGCAGGCUUAAUCUCCCAACUUCCACUUGUUGUGUUUACACUCCAGUUGAUCUUGGGCCGUCGUUCGAGAUGGAUUUGGAGAAACUGCAUUGCACAUCUUACUCAGCUCUCUAUGGUUUCAAUGGUCAAGAUACCAAUCCACAGGCCUGGAAAUAUGGAGUGGCAUUGAAAUACAAGUUCAAUUUCAACAAUGAUUACCCUGAAAUGUGUGCUAGUUGUGAAAAGACUAAUGGAGUUUGUGGAUAUUGUGGUCCUUAUAAUUCUUUUAUUUGCAACUGUCCAAGUGGAGUUAACACAACAACAGAUUGUUUUCUUGGAGUACCCUGGAGUAACAGUUUUAGAACUGUCCCUUGGCAAACUGGGCUGUUAUUGAUCAAUGCUUUGGUAUGGUUUAUUAUUGUGUCCCUGAUGUAUGAUCAAGCAUAAAUGGAACUCAAGGAAGGAAUUUGACUUGAAGUCUUUUUGCUUAACAUUAAUUGGUUUAUGGAGAAUCCACAAUCUCCUUUGCUUAAUGUAAUUUGUUGAGUGUGAAACAGAACUGUUGAAAAGAAACAAAGAGUAAUGCAAAGGCUGGAUUUUCUAGUUGAUCCUCAA